GCCGCGCUUUUUAUUGCACGUCAAUGGCACGUCAAUGUUAUUUGUCCAUCAUCGGCUCGUUUUAGGUCUCCUCGGUGCUUUGCAACGAACGCCUGGUAGUUUUCGUAAGGAAGCGCUCCCGUGUGUGUUUGGAGGGGAUAGAAACCCAGAGAAUCAGUGGAAAUUGGCUAGGUGUUCGACAAGCAAAUUUGAGCAAACUCGCCGAACCCCUUGCCGGUAUCCUCUGAUUCUCGGAGUUUCUAUUUUCGCUCGAAACACUCGGGAACGCUUGCUACGCAGGCUACUAGUACGAUUACGGAUUGGUUUAGUUCCUUUGCUGUUCAAUAUUGUAUUUUUCACACUUCGUCUUACUAUGCAACGAUUAAUACAUUCCUUGCGGUUAAUACUGUACUUGGGCGCCAAAUUCGUAUUCGGAGACCAUGCAUUGCUGCGCUCGACCAGAAGAGGCAGAAGCGAGGGAGGGAUGAUGAUGGCGGACCCGUGUGCUGCUCACGAAGUGACCGGGCCAUCUCUUCCCCCCCAAAAGCGAUGGUACGUGGCCAACAAAGACGUAUGUGGUUGCCGGUCAAUUGACUUCGCCAGAAACGAAUUAUUCUAAAUUUUUCCCGACGAGAUUCGCAGCAUCGAGACCGAUCAGAUACAAUCUACGGAGUCGGAGCUCGUCAACAAACAGCCGAAAACAUACGUCACAACCAUGUUUGGUCUCUGCGCCUGGUUGUUGCGGCAAAGAGAUUUAUCUAAAGUUGAUUUUUUAUCAACAAAGAAGUUUGAAGAAGUAAUUUCUGCUAUAAAUGCGGUGGAUAGCAAAAGAGUCGAUUUUGGCGGGACAAAUAAGCAAGAUGGCGCCAAAAACAAAACUGGCGGGAAAGACGGACAUCAAAUGCUCUUCUCUACUCGCAGGAAGCCAUCCAGCCCUAAUUCUUCAACAUUAUCAUUUUGUUCUACUCCAAAGUCGCGUAUGAUGAGAUGCAAAACAAGGUAAAGGAACUGGAGCAAUUCACCACCCAGUCCCCACCCGACAUGAAGAGGCUGCAACUCGUGCUGCAGGGCAGCGUCAGUAUACAGGUUAACGCUGGGCCUCAAGCGUACGCCCAAGCCUUCCUGGACAAGACUGUGUGUCACAAGCAUCCAGGCAAACACAUCGAGCGGCUACAGAAUGUGUACAGGGAAUUCCUGAAGUUCUGCGGUAAAGCGCUAGAGAUCAAUAACCAGUUGAUUAAAGAAGACCAGCGUAUGUACCAGGACGAUAUGAAGGAGAAAUAUGGACUGCUGAGAACAGAGCUAGCGAAGUACAUGGACGAGGAGUAUGCUCAAGCAAGGUAACAGUACCACCUCUCUCGGCCUUACCAUGAGAUGAUAGAACACGGGGACAUGCGCAAGAUGGUCAACACCGCUGAUCGGUGACUUGAUACUCGCUGGCGCCGCUGGUCUCUUCUAUGUACCGCCCCACGUUAAACAUGACACCGAGCCGUCAGAGAGCUCGUGACCGUCACCAAUACCAGGAACGAUCAAUCGAUCAAAGAUUCCUUUUCCAGGCACUUGGUACAUGACCUUUUCAGACCGAAAAAACGUUUUACCUGAUUUUAUUCCCUGUCACUGGUGAAAAAAGGCAACACCGCGUCUAUUUAACACUAGUGUGUAGACUUUGAACGGUGGUCGUGACACAGUUUAAAGGGUAUGCCCUUCACAGAAAUAUUGAGUUGUUGUUUUCGAGAGUAGAAGGUCUAAACAGUGCAAUAAAGCAUUCAUUUUGAACGGCUGAUAUGACAAAGCUAUUGAGCUAUUCGAUUGAGUUUGGUAAAUGUUUUUUUUUAUUCUUUUUAGUUUACUUGAUCUGUCUUCCAAUAAUGAAUUUAAACAACAACAAAGGCGUGAGUGACGACCCUAUAUACGGCUAUACUAUAGCCCAUAGGCUGAUUAGUAUUGUGCGAAGUCGUUUUUUUAUAAAACGAUGCGCGUUUCAACUAAAGCAAAAGGAGCGUCUGGUUUUGAGAGCAAGAUUCCUAGAGAGAAGGUCAAUGUUCGUGUGAAGUGUUCACUUUCGACACACCAUUUUAGAUCAACGCACUUCAAAGUUUCAAAGCUAUGAUCCUUUAUUCUAUUUCGCUUCAAGUGUGAAUAGAAAGCGCUGACACAGUACAGAUUUGUUCGAGUCACAUCACCGUUCAAACACUCUGGGCAUUGAUAGAAAAUAUCGCUGUAUUUAGGUAAACAAAUAGAAAUAAAUACCGUAUGGGAUAGGGUGGGUCCAUAUACGGUUCAUUUCGUUAAUGCCGAAUUGAAUAAUUCAAAUGCAACUGAUUCUGCUAUGUACGCGUCGUUGCGUUGGAAGUAAGCGCAUUUGAAAGGGUAAAUAAUUGAAUGGCAAAUUUUGCGCCACAAUUUUUAGAGGCAGACUCUAAUGUUUUUCAAUAGCAAUAUAGAAAUGUUAAUUAGGAAUAAAUGUUGUAAUUGCAACUUUUUUUCUAUUUUGUUAAUAUCAAAGGAAGUAUUUUUUGUAAAGUUCAUCAUAUCGAAAUAAAUGUAAAGAGUUGUUGUCUGCUAAAA